UGGUUUCCUCUUUGCAAACAAAAAAUUAGUAAAUUCGAGUCGCUUUAGAGGCGGUGCCGUCGCCAGGCAGUAGGAUCUGUAUGACAGUGCAAGGGUACAGCUCUACGCUGAGGGGCAGAUAGAGAGAAAAGAAAUUCUCGCGAUCCCGCCAUACUUCUCUACCACUAUUCCACCAUAACCACCAUCACAUUAAUACGGAGCAAUACCGUUUGCUACACGGUGCAGGAAAUUCGCCAGGAUUGCUACAAUCAAGGAUUCUCCACUCGCCACCGGACUUCAUCGGGCUGCAACGUUACAGUUGGGCGAACUUUCCCCGUAUUAUUUUAAGAUUCUUCUUCGAAAUUCUUUCGUUUUCAGUUGCAACUCGUUGAAAUUUACACGUGCUUUUCGUUUUUUUAGCAGUCUCAAUAUAUAUUUAUAUAUAUUUUGACAAAUAGCCCCCGGUUUGUAGAAAAGUUUUUUUUUUAGUUCUGAUUUUUUUUUUUUUACGGGAGGAAGCAUUGCAUUGUUUUUCCACAAUGAACAAGCUAUAUAUUGGAAAUCUGAAUGAAAAUGUGACCGCAGAAGACUUGGUUAAAACCUUUGAAGACUACAAGAUUCCUUACUCUGGGCAGUUUCUAGUGAAAACGGGAUACGCGUUUGUUGAUUGCCCGGACGACCAAUGGGCUAUGAAAGCAAUUGAAACCUUUUCUGGCAAAGUGGAACUUCACGGCAAACGAAUUGAAGUAGAACAUUCUGUCCCUAAGAAACAAAGGACCAGGAAACUUCAGAUUAGAAACAUUCCACCGCAUUUACAAUGGGAGGUGCUUGAUGGUCUACUUGCACAGUAUGGAACCGUUGAAAACUGUGAACAAGUUAACACAGAAAGUGAGACAGCUGUGGUGAAUGUCACUUAUGCGACUCGGGAGCAGGCCAGACAAGCGAUCCAAAAGCUCAAUGGCUACCAGUUUGAGAACAACACUUUGCGUGUGUCCUACAUACCUGAUGAGAGCUUGGAUGUUGACUCCCAGCGCAGCCCUGACAACGGUCGCCGCUCUGGAUAUGGUGGCCGUGUCAACUCCAGGCAGGGUGCUCCUGGCACAGGGAUGCCCUCCAAGCAUCAGCACACUGAUAUACCUCUCCGUUUGCUUGUACCAACCCAGUAUGUGGGCGCCAUCAUCGGCAAAGAGGGUGCCACCAUCCGAAACAUCACCAAGCAGACUCAGAGCAAGAUCGAUGUUCACCGUAAAGAGAAUGCUGGAGCCGCAGAGAAGCCCAUCAGCAUUCACUCGACUCCUGAGGGCUGCUCGGCGGCCUGCCGUAUGAUCCUUGACAUCAUGCACCAGGAAGCCAAAGACACCAAAACUGCUGAUGAGGUGCCUCUAAAGAUCCUUGCCCACAACAACUUUGUAGGUCGUUUGAUAGGCAAAGAGGGGCGUAAUUUGAAGAAAGUGGAACAAGACACUGACACUAAGAUCACUAUCUCACCGCUGCAGGAUCUGACCCUGUAUAAUCCUGAGAGGACCAUCACCGUGAAAGGUGCUAUUGAGGCCUGCUGCCUGGCUGAGCAGGAAAUCAUGAAGAAAGUGCGAGAGGCCUAUGAUAAUGACAUCGCUGCCAUGAAUCAACAGACACACCUCAUCCCUGGACUGAACCUUGGAGCACUUGGCCUUUUCCCUCCAUCCUCCUCCAUGCCUCCACCUCCUCCUGGAAAUCCUGGGGUUUGCCCCCCAUACGGCUCCUUUGGGGCUCCUGAGCAGGAGACAGUCCAUGUGUACAUCCCAGCACAAGCAGUGGGAGCCAUCAUUGGCAAGAAGGGCCAACACAUUAAGCAGCUGAGCCGCUUUGCUGGAGCCUCUAUUAAGAUUGCACCAGCGGAGACACCGGAUUCAAAGAUGCGCAUGGUCAUUGUUACUGGUCCACCUGAGGCCCAGUUUAAGGCUCAGGGAAGAAUAUACGGCAAGCUGAAGGAGGAGAACUUCUUUGGUCCGAAGGAAGAGGUGAAGCUGGAGACGCACAUCAAAGUAGCAGCAGCAGCUGCUGGAAGAGUUAUUGGAAAGGGUGGAAAGACGGUGAACGAGCUACAGAACCUAACCGCGGCUGAGGUGGUGGUUCCUAGAGAACAGACUCCUGAUGAGCAAGACCAGGUUAUUGUCAAAAUCAUCGGCCACUUUUAUGCAAGUCAGCUGGCCCAGAGGAAGAUCAGAGACAUUUUGACACAAGUUAAGCAGCAGCAGAAAAGUGGCAUGGGAGGCCCUCAGGCAUCUCACCCACAGAACCUGUCGGAGCUUAGGCCCCACCCAGGAAUGACCCCAGAGCCUAGAAGGAAGUGACAGGCUCCAGCCCGAAACUGGACGGACAGACGGAUGGACAGACAGAGGAGAAACAGCGGACUGACUGAGAGAGAGCGACACACAGACCCAGUGCUAGACAGGGAGAAAUGAGCAUUUAACAAAGAUGGGAAUAAAAAAGGAAAUAAAAAUGCAUGAGAGAGUACAAAAGUUUAGAGAAAAGAAACUAGAACUUUGAGUGAUUUAAAAAAUAGGGAAAAAAGAAAAGAGAGAGAGAACUAGGAAACAGAGACCAGAUGCCAGGUCGACUGACUGGGGCUGGCAGGGAUUCCUUGUGGCAGCUUAUGAAAUAAUCAUGGCUACAUGGCCUUGAGAGUCUUGACACGCUUAGGGCACCCCUGCCAUCACCAGUCACUCAAGUAUUUUAAGGGUGUUUUUUUAAGAAGAGCUAUAUGUAUAGAAAUGUUUAUUCAGAGGUAUUAUAAUGAAAUGCAGUGAGGCAGAGGUGGGGAGAGGGGAGUGGAGAACCCAUCACAUCGAGUCAAAAAAGUGGCUCAUUCUUUGCCUACAGGAAACUACGAGAGGGGCCAUAGCUGUUAACACUGCUCUUUAAGUCCCUGGCAGUAACCUGUUGGGGGUAAGGACAAAUAAAGAAGAAGAAAAAUGAGGUUGUAAAUAUAAUCUUCAUGAAUUUGUAUUGAAGCACUGUUGAAGCACAGUGAGGGUACAGUAAGUGGGUGGGCCGAGGCUGACCCUGCAGUUCUAUUGCAGAGACUCAGCUCCGAGACGUAAACUUCACCUCCAGCCCUGAACUACGCCCGCGAUGCUAGCCGGCGCGUGGCCCACACCCAAAUGGCAUAUUUUAUAUAUAUUAUAUAUAUAUGAUAUGUGAGUUAACCUGGCCCCUCAGAGAGCAGAGAAAACGGCAGUGGAAAGGAAACGCGGCACUGGGAUUAGACCAUCUUUCACAGAUAUUCUGAGAGAUUUAAAAUUAGCUUUCAGUAUCUGGGUUUUGCUAGCUAUGUUUUGAACCAAGAUGUAACUGAAAGCCUCAGAGAGAACACAGAACUGCUGAUUUCUGAUGGGAAACAAAAAAAAAUCAUUUGAAAGUUUAAAUAGAAUAUUAGUAUCAUCCAAAUACAAAUUUAACUGACCUUGACAGCCGGAGCCGAUCUUUGAUCAGUUCUUUUGACUUGAUGAAUUUGACCUUUUGAUUUAAGAUCCCUUGAAAGAUGCAACACUCCCAAUGGCCCAGCUCUCUACCCUGCCUUUAGGACGGAGGUCAACAGCAGGUGAUGUUAAAAUGGCUUCUGCACUCUCUCUCUCCCCCCUACUCCAUUCGAUGUAUGCUGAUGAGGAGGCCAGAAAAGCUGGCUCUCUUCACUCAUCUUCGAACAGAUUAGAUAGAAAAAAAUAGAAACCUACCUCAGGGUAUUGUUACCUCAGUAUUCCUAAUGGCUUUUUUUUUUUUUUUUUUCCUUUUUCUUUUUGGCUUGCUGGUGUUUUAUAUAAAAGCUGAUAGUCCUGAAUAUUUUAUUUUUUUAAGGAAAAAAUAUUUUUAGUUAUUGUUGGAUAUUUUUUUUCCCCUAGUUUUUGCAUGUAUGUGAGUGUGUAUGGAUGGUACCCCACACCCUUCCACAUUUAAUUCAUAUAGGCAAGAUGCCAGACUUUCUUUUUUUGAUGAAUCUGUCCUGGCAGAUUCACAGUUGUCUUUGGACCUAUAACCAACUGAAUUCGAAGUCUCUGGCUUUUUUUUUUUUUUUUUUUUUGUCUAGUGGUGUGACCCAGUCAUGGCUUUUUAUCUCCUGAGCAUGAAAGGCUUCACAUGCUAACUUUCUUUUGCCUGAUAUCUGACAGUUUGCUCCGACUGAAGGAUGCAUUGCAUCUCUAUCUUCCGUUGGUUUCUCCAGCAGUGUUGCCAUGAAUGUUAUGUACUGAAGGCCUGGAGUCUGCCUCAGUUUGCCAGGUUUGUGCCAUGACUGUACGUAGAGAAGCAGCCCAGGGGCAUCUCACUUAACUACAUCGAGUUAUAUAUCAAGUUUAGGUUCAGCAUAGUGCAUACUCAUCAACCUAUAUGUACGUGUGAUGGGAUGUGUGUUUUGGGGUUGUUUUUUUUUGUUUUGUUUUGUUUUUUGUUUUUUGUUUUUUUUUUCUAAAAAAAAGAAAAAAAAAAAGAAAGAAAGAAAAAGAAAAGGAAAACCGUUUAAGUGUAUAGUUUUUUUUUUGUUGAGGAAAAGUGGUUUGGGUGUUACAAAAGACAGAAAAAUAGACAUCCUGUCCUAUAGUCUCAGUUAAACAUUUUUUUAACUGAACGAGAAUACUUUGGAAAAUGGGAGCGGAAAAUGAAGAAAGCAGUCACUUCACAUCCGAGACAGAUUUAACCUGUAUAUAAAUCGCUGAAAAAACUAAAAACUUUUGUAUUUUUAGAAUAAAAAAUAAAAGGAGACGUGGACAAAGCUGGGCAAUAUGUAGCGAUUUAAAUGCAAAAGACUAAUAGAUACUGCCAGAAUCCUUUUAUCGAUGAGUACACAUUCCACCUGCACAUGGCUAGAUGAUGCAUUUUUCGUUGUGUGCUCGUUUUCACUCACAGGUUGAAAUCGUUGCUUUUUUUUUUCACGCUUCCCUUUUUCUCAGUAGACAGCAGUGCUCGGUUCGCAUCAACGUGAAAAAUGUACUCCUCCUCGGGUGGGAAGGAAGUCUGUCUCUCACUAGCCUGUAGAUUUCUGAUUUCUGUCAGACCCUAAGACACACACACCACUUUAGAUUUGUUCAGACUGCAGCCUUUUGUUUAACAGCAAGCUUUAUUUGGGCAUGACAUCUGGUUGUGUACUGUUUCAUCGGUUUUAGACGAAACAAAAAAAAAAAAAAAGGAACAUAACUGAAAAAUCUCUAGGAUCUUUGUAAUCUGGUGAAAUAUGGAGUCAAGCAGUUCAAUUUAAUAUUGGAAUGUUAGGUGUAAAAGAGUUGAGAGGAAGAUGGGCCAAUUUUUUUUAUUUUAUAUAUAUAUUUUUUUUUUUUCCUUCAAGUAAAGGUAGACAUUUAUGAAAGCUAACUUUAAACAGAGUUUAGGCUUUAUGUUCUCACAGAUUUGCUGGAUAUUAAUUCUAGGUCACUAAAACGAGUAGUCAUGCAGCGCUGCCGAAUGUAUGAUGAAUACUACACUCAUCUCCCUUCUCUCCUUUUCACUUGUUUUGUCCUCCAUCUGUUUCUCCUUUCAUCUCUGAACACAACUCGCAAUUUUUGUUUUUCCUUUACUCACUUUAUUUGCUAGAUAUGAACGAUAUUUUUGUUGUUUGGGUUUGGUAUAGACCUUCACGCUCUCUCACGCUGGCCUUGUUUGUGUCUUUUCUCAGUUCUGUUCAGUCGUUUGACCCUAGUUUUCAGUUUUAAUUUCUCCCCGCCCCUCAAAGUUUUGUAUUGCCUUCAAUUGGAUCAGUUAUUUUCUCUCUCUCUCUCUCUCUCUCUCUCUCUCUCUCUCUCUCGAUCAGGUUUCUUUAGAAAAGCACAGAGAUCUCUUAUACUGCUAUUAGAACAUUUAAAAUACUAACCAGUUAUUCGUAAUGCAGUUAACACCUGUGCCAAACAGAUUUUUUUUGUUUAUUUUACUCCGUUAAGACCCGAUCUAGGUUGUGCAAGCUGUUUUAGGCGUAGUGUGAAGACUAAUAACUUCCACUUCAGCACUCGCUCUAUUUAAGAAAGAAAGAAAGAAAAAAAUUAAUAGAAAAUGCCACCCAAACCUGUAUACUACAAGUUUCAGGAACACAACUGCAUGUUUUUUGUGAUUCUUAUGCAAUUCCUUCACAAGGACUGUUAAUACUCUGGAAAUCAUAGAAUUAUUAAAGGAUAAAAAAAAAAAAGUCUAUCCAUUUCAGUGCACAGAUUUACACAUAGGCAACAGAUCUAACCUCAUACUAGUCAGGUGUAGCAGACAGACAGAUGCACACCACAGGAAUUUCAUCCUGCUAGUUUCUGGCCUUCGCUCAAAGAAACCAUUUGGGUGCUAAUGACGAAUUAAACCUCACAUAACUAGGAAACGCUACCUCAAGACUUAGCCAUAAGAUUGUUUUAUCAACCUGACAAGAGCGAAAGUGCAUGUUACUUUUUUCACUUUAAUUUAUUAUUUUUUUCCUUUUGCUUCUCUCUUUUUUUUUUAUCUUCUUUUUUUUCUUUUUUGUUUCGUUUUCAGUCACUCUUUAUUUUAGAGUUGAGGCCGUGAUAGAGGGAAGGGAGGUGAGGAUUUGGUGAGCAGAGAUGAUCUGGGUGUUUUUGGUGUUGGGAGGACCUGAUUUGUAGAAAAGCAGUGAAGGAUCAGGAACAUGGAGAACCCUCUAGUUUAAACUACACAUAGUGUCACUACUCGGUCGAUUCCAGAGAGCACGUGAAAGUGUGAAGCACCGCCUUCACUCAUGAUCUGUAAAUACCCACUAAAGGAGAAGUGCUAAUUAACCCUCAAACACAUUAUUCUACCUCCUGAUUCUGCUUAUUUUUCGACCUCCUAUCAAACCCAGUGCUCCAUACAGACAGCCACAGAAUUCACUUUGUCGCAUUGUUAGUUACCCGGAUGCCUGUACUGGUGUUUUUCUUUUGUUAUGACUGACAUUGGAUGUGGCAGAGUCCCAGAUCAGCAUCAAGGGAAACUGGAGUCCCUCUCAUCCUCAGCUUUCCACCCCACAGUCCUUCCUUUUCAUUUUAACUUCUUCAAUCAAGGAGCACGAUACCUAUAUUCAAGUAACUUUUUUUGUUGAUCUACCUCUUAGAGAACAAAUAAAUAAAUAGGACAAAUGUAAAAUGGGGAAAAAGGACACACAAGUGUAAAAAAAAAAUAAAUAAAUAAAUAAAAAAUAAAAAAAAGUUUUGAAAAAUCUUCAAAUGAAAAAUAAGUAAUAAAAUAAUUAAUUAUGUAAACAACUGGGUAGAAGCAUCUCCAUAUACUGUAGUGGAUAGUGUAUUAAAAAAAAAAAAAAAAGAAUACUUUUUCUUCCAAAGAUGAUUUUUGUUUUUGACAUUUGUUUAGACCAUUAUUCAAGAUUGAUUGUUAAAUAAAAAAUAAACAGAAUGGGGAGGGAAAGUAAAAAGGAAAAUAUCAAUUUCAUUAUUCAGUUUCUUUUCUUUUUUUUUCAUUCCUCAUUAGAUUAAAUUCUUAAGUUUGCAAUUCUUCAUCCUUUAUUUGAUUAAUUUUUCUGAUUGCUUUUUUUGGAAUGACAUAGGAUUGUAUCUUGUUUUGGAUGCAUUAGAAUUCUCUCUCUCUCUCGCUCUCUCUGAACUGCAACAUAGUACUCGUUGAGACAUUGCAGAGCAGCAUGAUACUGAAAUCAUUUCUUUCUUUUUUUUUUUUGUUUGUUUUCAAUCUUUAUUGAUGCAACAGGCAAAUAAGGGCCUAUUUAGCUGACUAGGGCACAGUUUAGGAGGAGGAGAGGAAGAAGAGUGAUGUAUCACAUUUAGCCCCAACCCACAGCCCCCCUCUUAUAGCAGGUGCCAUGGACACUAUCUGGACUUUCCCCUUUCUGCCUGCCAAUUUUCUUUCAUUUCUCAUUCACAUUUGUUCUGAACUUCGUGUAAACAAUACCGAGCAUAGAUAUGAAUGUGUUAUUAAAAGAUGAGAAAACCGG